CCUCCCAGGCGUCCCUCUUGCCUGUGGUGGCUCAGUCCACAGAGGCCCGGCCGCUCUUAGAGUGGGGCACAUUCUUGGUCUUUCGUGCGUGGGGGGUGUAAGUCGCGGACUUUAUUUUGGGAGCGCUGGACACCUUUCGGGUUUGCUUUGAAUGAGAUGGGAUCCCUGUGUUUACGCUGGGCAGCUGACCUGGUGUGCCCGAGAAUUUACUGUUCGCGUGACAGCCGAGGCCCGAGGGAACGCCCACACCACCCCCCCCUCCGCCCCCAAGGCAGGUCCUGGGUAGGCCUGAGAGCUUUUUCAAAACAAACUGUUCAGCUGACGGUGGCCUCGGUGCUCCCCACUGAAUGCCCUGGAACUGCAAAGGGAGCUGAGUACCGCAGAGGGCUGGGAGCCGAAGUUUGUUUGGAAAAUCACCUGUGCGCACUUGCACAGCUGGGAUUUGCGAGCUCUCCAGAAAGCACCACCUAGUCUUGAUUGUUUUCAAGACAACAGUACAGGUUUCGCUCUGUCACCCAAGCUGAAGUGCAGUGGCACGGUAUCAGCUCACUGCAACCUCCUCCUCCCUUCAAGGGAUUCUUCUGCCUCAGCCUCCCAAGUAGCUGAAACUACAGGCAUGUGCCACCACACCCAGCUAAUUUUUGUAGCUGGGGCUCCAGGCAUCCACAAACCCUAUUGUGAACUGCGCCUGCGACGGAUCGAGGAUGUGUGCUGCUUAUGAAUCUAAUGCCGGAUGAUCUGAGGCUGUUUUACUUCAAAUAAAGAACAUGGUGAAACUGAUUCACACAUUAGCUGAUCAUGGUGACGAUGUCAACUGCUGUGCCUUCUCCUUUUCCCUCUUGGCUACUUGUUCCUUGGACAAAACAAUUCGCCUGUACUCGUUACGUGACUUUACUGAACUGCCACAUUCUCCAUUGAAGUUUCACACCUAUGCUGUCCACUGCUGCUGUUUCUCCCCCUCAGGACUUAUUUUGGCAUCGUGUUCAACAGAUGGUACCACUGUCCUAUGGAAUACUGAAAAUGGACAGAUGCUGGCAGUGAUGGAACAGCCUAGUGGCAGCCCUGUGAGGGUUUGCCAGUUUUCCCCAGACUCCACGUGUUUGGCAUCAGGGGCAGCUGAUGGAACUGUGGUUUUGUGGAAUGCACAGUCAUACAAGUUACAUAGAUGUGGUAGUGUUAAGGAUGGCUCCUUGGCGGCAUGUGCAUUUUCUCCUAAUGGAAGCUUCUUUGUCACUGGCUCCUCAUGUGGUGAUUUAACAGUGUGGGAUGAUAAAAUGAGGUGUCUGCAUAAUGAAAAAGCACACGAUCUUGGAAUUACCUGCUGCGAUUUUUCUUCACAGCCAGUUUCUGAUGGAGAACAAGGUCUUCAGUUUUUUCGAUUGGCAUCAUGUGGUCAGGAUUGCCAAGUCAAAAUUUGGAUUGUUUCUUUUACCCAUAUCUUAGGUUUUGAAUUAAAAUAUAAAAGUACACUGAGUGGGCACUGUGCUCCUGUUCUGGCUUGUGCUUUUUCCCAUGAUGGGCAGAUGCUAGUCUCAGGGUCAGUGGAUAAGUCUGUCAUAGUAUAUGAUACUAAUACUGAGAAUAUACUUCACACAUUGACUCAGCACACCAGGUAUGUCACAACUUGCGCUUUUGCACCUAAUACCCUUUUACUUGCUACUGGUUCAAUGGACAAAACAGUGAACAUCUGGCAAUUUGACCUGGAAACACUUCACCAAGCAAGGAGCACAGAACAUCAGCUGAAGCAAUUUACUGAAGAUUGGUCAGAGGAGGAUGUCUCAACAUGGCUUUGUGCACAAGAUUUAAAAGAUCUUGUUGGUAUUUUCAAGAUGAAUAACAUUGAUGGAAAAGAACUGUUGAAUCUUACAAAAGAAAGUCUGGCUGAUGAUUUGAAAAUUGAAUCUCUAGGACUGCGUAGUAAAGUGUUGAGGAAAAUUGAAGAUCUCAGGACCAAGGUUAAAUCCCUUUCUUCAGGAAUUCCUGAUGAAUUUAUAUGUCCAAUAACUAGAGAACUUAUGAAAGAUCCGGUCAUCGCAUCAGAUGGCUAUUCAUAUGAAAAGGAAGCAAUGGAAAAUUGGAUCAGCAAAAAGAAACGUACAAGUCCCAUGACGAAUCUUGUUCUUCCUUCAGCGGUACUUACACCAAAUAGGACUCUGAAAAUGGCCAUCAAUAGAUGGCUAGAGACACACCAAAAGUAAAGUUGUUGAUAUUGUAUUGUUUAUAUUUUCAGUGAUCUCAUUUGAAUGAUUUAGAAGUAAAUCCUAAUCAGACAUUAUUAAAAGCAAAACAGGAAAAAGGUAAACUUCUUAGUUACCUAUAAAAAUUGUCAAUUUUCAUUCUUUAAAAACACAUGGACUUACUAUGAAAGCCUUUUUGUACUAGUGAAAAAAAUCUUCAGCUAUAUAAAGUUAUACUUUAAAUUGCAGUGCCCUAAGUUUCUUUAAUUCCUCUUAAUAUCAUUCCCAACAGUGCCCACAUUUAUUCUUGUUAGAUGUAGGUCGUCUCUCUUUAUAACUAAAGAUUGGACUACUCUAGAAUAACAGAUGUUUACAUUCUAGGUAAUAGCCAUUCAUUCAUCUUUGGAGCCCUUUUAAAGAGAAUUUGUAGCAAAAUGGUUGUAGAUUGUUUAUGAUUAAAUUGAGAAAAAUCA